UGGAAGCAUAUCUUGGCCUUGGCUUGGCCUUGGUAGCAAACAAAACGUUGACAAAACAUCUUCUAUUAUUUUAAUGUUAAAUCCUAAUUUUAAGCAUAGGUACAUAAAGUUUUAACUACCAUUUAUUAAAUAACUUUAAUAGAUGGGCUAAUAAUGGACAUGAAUACGAAUACAGGAAGCUGUACUGAGAGUUUAAGUAAUGAAUGUUGUCAAUUUCUCAAUAUUUUAAAUGACGAUACAUUUAAUCCUGACAAUUGUCUUGUUUGGGCACAACAAAACGAUCCUUUAGUCGUUGACGAUGACGUUGACCAACAAAAUAUGAAAUAUGAAAAAUCCAAACCUCCAACUGGCGGGGUCCCCUAUGAAAUUAAAUUAAUAACCUUAUUUGCAGUCACAGGUGUAAAAUAUUAUAAAAACUGCAAUUGGAGGUUGUCGACCCAAGACAAUUGUGCAGGUAAGUUUGAUGAUCUGGUGUGCCAAUCUAAUUCUGGAGCAAUUUUAGUCCAAGCAAAAACGAAAAGCACAUCAUGUAUCCCUGAAAAUGAAGUUAUUUCAGAUUCUCCAAAAAAAACUGACUAUAACUUGAUUGCAUAUAUUUUAUCAUACAAGAAUAUAAAAAUCAAAAAUAUAAAAUAUUUGUUAUUAUGCACCAAUACUCACAUUAAAUCACCUCUAUUUGAAAUUAGUAAACAGGAGGACAAACAGAUUACAGAUAUAUUUAAAAGAAGUAAAUUAUUUGGUGUUAAACUAGAUACGCAAACGGUUAGAAAAAUUUAUAGAACUAUCCGUAAGUUUAAAAAGAAUAUUAAGCCAGAUCAUAAAAAGGAGUUAUGGAAAAGAACCAUGGUAAGCAAAAGAGAUAUAAAAGCAUUUAUUUUAAAAUUUCGGUAUAUAAAAAUAAGCGAAGCUGAAUUAGGAGCAAAUAUUGAGGAAGAAAUUAACAGUUUUAACCAAAAAGUGAACUAUAUAUAUCUACUUCAUCAAAUAGAGACUUGGUAUAGAAUGGAACGUAACCAGGAAGAUUAUUUGACUAAUCUCUACACGCAUUCCAUUUUCUAUGGAGAACAGAGUAGACAUCUGACGGAAAUGUAUCUAGAUCCGUCAAUUAAUUUUGAAACUAUGCAUGAAAUGUACGAGAACAAAAUUGUUUUUGUCAAACCAGGUAUUCAUUAUCAUUGGAGUUUAAGACGCAUUGUUCAAAGUUUAAGACACUUUGACAAAAAGCCGGAUAAUCUGUUUUACAACCAAAUUUUAUUUAUCCAAGAAAAUGAGAUUAGUUACAUCAAUUUGUUUAAAUUAAAAAAAUUUAAAUAUCUUAUAAUUUGCCUUCCUCAAUCUACGAAUGAUCAAGUUAAGAACGCGUGCCAGAUAUUGGAAACAAUUAUGGGUGGAAACUCAAAAAAAUUAGCAUUUUUCGUUGCUAAUGAGACAAGUUACUCUAACAACAACGUACUUACAAGUAUCGAAGACAAGAUUUCUUUGAGCUGGUUUAACUCUGAUUCGAGAGACGUUUUAUUAAAUAGAGAAAUUGUGUUCCAAUUUCCAAAGAAGACUUUAAAGUUAAGGGAGCUACUUAAUUAUGCUCAAGACCUUGAAAAACAUAUUGACGAACAGAUAUUAACAAGAUUAAGAGACCUUAAUACAUUCCACAUAGGAAGAUAUGUGAAAUCUUUGGAGAACAUAAAAUAUUGUCAUAUUAGUAGGUCUUUGAAAAGUGCGACAGGGUUGCCCGUUUCAAAUUAUGAUUUCGACGCGUUUGAUAAAAGGGUAUUUGUUCUUGUAGGCCCACCAGGCUCUGGCAAAAGUACUUACCUCAUCAAAGUAGCUCAUUUAAAAAAAGAAAGGUCACCACAAACGUGGAUUAUCCAUCUUGAUAUCGCUUCUGUAGUAAAAUUUUUAGAAGCAAAUGAAGGGGAACCACUAAUGAAUUUGUUUUAUCAAUUAGAAGGAACAGAAAGCAAUUUUGAACAGGAACUGAUGAACUCUUUGGAAAAGUAUGUGCUCAUUGACGGUUUUAUUGAGCUUAAUACAACGUAUUUAAUUUAUUUCAAAAAAAUGAUUACUCUUCUUUUAAAAGUAAAUAGCAUUUCUAAAAUUUUCAUUGCUCUCAGAGACAACCAUAUUUCUAUGCAAGCAUUAAAAGCUGUAAAAGAAGUUGAAAUAUUAAUUAUCAAUCCAUUUUCUGAGGACGACCAACAAACAUAUUUUAAUAUGGCAAUCCAGUCGAUAAAAGAUAAGUCCAGCUUUCACAAGUUUGUUGAAACAUUUACUAAAUUGAAUCAUCUGAUGUCCAAUCCUUUAUAUAUGAGUCUUAUGUUUGAAAUAUUUGUCGAAAGCGAAAAACAAACAUCAAUUAUACUAACGAGAGAAAACGUUUAUGAGAUUUACAAUUACUUUUUAAAAAUCAAGAAACGCGUAUUUGCAUUAGAAUAUUCGGAAGAAAACAGUGUUUUAUGUAGUAUUUUGGACGAUACAUUUGAACGUUACUUAAACGAUAUGAGGCUAAUAGCUGUUAAGAACAUUUUUGCCAACACCGAUUGUGAAAAAUUCUUUGAACUCAUCAGCAUUCAUGAUUUUGUAUUACGAAUAGGUAUAAUCGAAAAAUCUUAUGACGAAUACAUCUUCAGGCACAAAACUUUUGAAGAAUAUCUUUCAGCUGAAUAUAUUUGGAAAUUGGUUUGUACAAAGAGUAAAAAGAUUCUUUCUGAAUUACUGGAUAUUAUAUUUUUUAAUUUUGAAUACGCAGGAACAUGCAGUUUUUUUGAUGAUAUAUUGCAGAUAGCAUCUAAAGACAAUUUAACAAAAAUAAGCGAAGUAUACAAUGAAAUUUUUUCUGAGCCAGAAAGAAUUGAGAGGACUAAUAUUACCUACCUCGCGCAGCAAGGAAAUAUAAAUACUUUAAAGCUGUUUUUAACAAAAUCCAAAGAUUGUUCGAAAAUAUUAAGUAAAACAUAUUCAAAUGGUAGAACAGUUCUCCACUAUUCUGCUACAUAUCCUAAAUUAAUUGAAUUCUUAGCAGAAAAAGGAGCAGAUAUUAACGCUCUCGAUGAUAAGGGAUAUGGUAUUUGUCAUUAUGCUAUGAGCUCAUAUCUUAGUGAAAUGUAUAAUAAAUCAAUGACCACUAAAGAUGUUCAUGCACUGGUACGUUAUUUGAUGAUCGAACGUGAUGAUUUUUUGGUCGAUAUUGUUGAUGAGUUUGGCAAUACCUUGUUGCAUUACUUUUGUAUGGAUAACCAAUUAUUAGAAAUAGUCCAAUUUCUCUGUAGUGAAAAUACCUCACUUUGUACUGCCCAAAACCUAUUUGGAAACACUCCUUUACAUUUUGCAGCACAUAAUGAUGCUCACGAAAUCAUUCACUAUUUCGUGGAACAUAUGAACAUUGAUAUUUUAAGAGUAAAAAACCUUAAAGGAGAUUCGCUUAUACACUCAGCAUCUUCUGGAAAUGCGGUGAACGUUUUAGAUUACAUUAACGAAUCACACGAGGUUAUCUUCAAAGAUUUGAUUGAUUUAGAAAAUGAUAAUAAACACACAGCUUUAGACCACGCCUUUCUAAAUUGUGCUUAUGAAGCGAUACAAUAUUUGGAAGGCAACUACGCAAAGCAUGGCACCACAUAAGUUUGUAAGUUUAAGACUACUGGUGGCUGCUUUCAAAAGUUUAUAGACGUGAAGCUGGACUUUAUUCAGGAUUGUUUAUAGGAUUGAAACUAAUAAGUUCUUUUUCCGUGCGUAUCAUCACCAUUAAUGCAGGUUAGCAUUACAACAGCAUACUUAUAUCUAUCUUCGGCUGAUUACAACAGCGAUUACAACAGCAUACAUAUUAUUAUCUAUCUUCAGCUGUUCUGAUUAAUAUAUCGAAGAGUAAGCCUGUCCAGUCUCUAAUGUUACGAAAUCGUUAGAGGGUUUUGCUACAUUUUCCUCUUUUUCCUCCAUCUUUAACACUUUUAUUAUUAUUUGGGAAAUAUAAUGCUUUGGAUUGCGUAUCAAAUGGUCUAGAUACGCUGUUUUUUACAAUUUAAUUGUUAAGGUAAGUUCUGUGUCAUGGAUGACACUUCGCAGGAUCCUUCCUUUGAGCACUCUUACUGUACAUGACAUAAUUAAUUCGGAUUUGUUGUUAUUAAGGUCAGGGUCUCUACUCGAUACAGUAAGAUUGACCAUACGUAAUAGUUCGUUGUCCUUUGUCUAAAAUUUAUAUAAUAUGUAGAUCGCAACGAGACCUCCCAGUCAUACAAAGCCAUUCUUGGCUUGGACAAUUUUGAAAGUCAUAUCUUUUUCGGAAUUCAGUUGUUUUUCGAUCCAACAGCUCAACAAUUUUUCAAUUAUUUUUAUUGAGCUGUUCUAGCAAGUUCUUAUUGACUAUGAAUGGUGGAUGUACAUUGUAAUUGUUCUGAAAUACUAGUGUUUUGGAUUUCUGAAUACUGAAUUUGUUAAUUUUCUCAAGGGCUCAACUGGAAGAAUAAGUUUACCUGUUCGAGUGUUUUACAAAAAAGCUGAAGACUACCAAAUUCUUUGAAAUAAUCCAAACUUUUUUAAUACUAUCUUGCUUUUUUUAAUAGCCCGACAGAAUCGGAUAAAAGAGCUUUUAAAUGAUGUAUUACUUGGUAUAUUAUUCAUUUUAAAAUAAUUUUACGAAAUGGCGCCCGAUCGCCAUUUUAAAUAUCCAUUUAUAGAUGUGUUCAAUCUUUCAUCUCUGUGUUAUGUUUUCGCCUUUUUUAUUGUCUCUCCACUGCCCUAUGAAAUAUUUUCGAUCUAUAUUGUUUUUAGCAGUAUUUUUGCUUUUCUACUUGAUACUAUGGAUUUCUUCCAUUGUUUUUGCUAGAUUUAUAUUUGCUUUAAUUUGCUGCUUAGGAAGUGCCAUAAAAAAUAUUGUUUAAAUGGCUGAGAAGUUGAGUGUCAGAUACAUACAAUUAGAAAUCUAUUUUUAAAUACUCCAUUAUUACUAACAUUACCAAACACCAAAUAAAUUAUUUUUUUUUGUACCUAUCACAUAUAAUAAGUAUAGUGCAGUCAAUGAGGGUAUUUGACUCCGAAUUCAAUCCUACUACAUCUAUUUACUUGAUAUUUUCACAGUAAGUAGGGAAUAGCUCAAGAAACAAAGUCUAUCCUAUAUACUAUGGCGCUUUUAUCUUGGAGGCGGUUCCCACCCCUUCAAGUGGAUGGACAAUUUUUUGGUCAAAAUAAUCACGGAAGUGGCUAAAAAACAUAAUUCUAAGCAAAAACUGUUCCAUUUAUUUUUUCUGAAAACUCAAUACUUUUUGAGUUAUUCGUGGUUGAAAAUUGGCCAUUUUCAUUGAAACAACACCUUUUCGAACGGUUUUUUGCGAAUAUCUUAAAAACUAUGCAUCUAACUAAAAGUACUAUAUGAAAAAUUUUUGUAGCUUAUAAAAAAAAACAAAGAGACUUGUUCCCUCACAAAUCUUCUAGUUAUAAUACAAAAAGAGAUAUGGUAGGUGAAAAGAGUUUUUUUUUGGUGCAUGCUCAAAUUGAUUUAUUCAACUUGAAAUAACAGAGAAGUCGAUUUUAGGUGUACAAUGCCACUAAUAACUUUUUGUGCUUGAAAAGACCUUUAAAUAAACAAUAUUAAAUCUCGAUUACACUCAAACUAAACGGGAUAUGCUGCAAAAAAAUUGAUAAGUAAUGUAUUUAAAAAAAAAGUGAAAAGUAUAAUUUAACCCCUCAUCCACCAAAAUUUAAAUGCAUCGUUUUCCUUCUGCAAUACCUUUUAUUAUAGGAUUAUUUCUAUGUUCAAAAAGUUGGACGGGUUUAAAAUGAAUGGUUUUUGAAAAAAAAAAAUAAGAUCAAAUUAUAGAGCGCAUCUUAAAUUUUCUUAAAAAUCUUCCUUUUUCUCCAUGUAACUCGAAAAUAAUAAUAGAUACGAAAAAAAGAUAACGUACAAGAAUGUAGGGUUUUUUAGAUAAAAAUUUUGAUUUUGUUUUUCAUUACUGUAUCUGUUAUCAUUUUCAAGUUACAUGGAGAAAAAAGAAGAUUUGUAAGAAAAUUUAAAAAUGGGGUCCUAUUUGAUCCUAUUUUUUUUUUUCAAAAACCAUUCAUUUAAACCCGUUUAGUUUUUUGAACAUAGAAAUAACACUAUAAUAAAAGGCAUUGUAGAAGGAAAACAAUGCAUUUAAAUUAAUUCUUGUGGAUGAGGGAUUAAAUACACUUCCAAUUUUUUCAUAAAAUACAUUAGUCAUUGAACUUAGUUUGAAUGUAAUCGACAUUUAAUAUUAAUCAUUUUAAAGGUAUUUUCAAUCACUACAAAAGGUAUUAUUAGCAUUAUACACCUAAAAUCGACCGUUUCUCUUUUAUUUCAAGUUGAGUACACCGAUUUUGCAUGCACCAAAAAAACAAACUCGUUUCACCUACCAUAUCUCUUUUUGUGUUAUAAUUAGAUUUAUGAAGGAACGAAUCUCUUUGUUGUUUUAUAGGCUACAAAAAUGUUUUAGAUAGUUUUUUUAGUUAGAUGUAUAGUUUUUAAGGAAUUCGCAAAAAACCGUCUGAAAAGGUGCCAUUGUUGAAUGAAAAUGGCCAAUUUUCAAUCACGAAUAACUCAAAAAGUAAUAAGUUUUCGCAAAAAAAUUAUAGAAUAGUUAUUGCUUAGAAUUAAGUUCUCUAGCCACUUUCGUGGAUACUUUGACAAAAUAAUUUUCCACCCCUUGGAGGGUGGGAACCGACCAUAAGAUAAAAGCGCCAUAGUAUAUAGGGUAGACUUUGAAUUAGGAGAUAAGUAGAGGCUAUUCCCAAAAUUUCAAUAAAAUCCAUGCAGUAGGAUAGAAUUCGGAGGUAAUAACCUGUUCUUCCUCUCAUUGACUGGCGUAGUACAAUAUUUUUUAAAGCUCCCUUAAUGCUUACCUAGUUCUUUUUUUUUAGUUAUAGGAAUAUAGAUUGUAAUUAUUACGCUGCCUUCUUUGCACAUAUACCUAACGAAUUUGUUUUCUAAAUCACGUCUGUUUUCAACUCCGUGACAAGACAUCUCGCAAAGCGACAGUUCGUAACCCUACAAAUCGUAACAGAAAAUUCUUAACGGCGUCAGUUCGUAACGGCGUCAGUUCAUAACGGCGACAAUUCGUAACAUUGACAAUUCGUAACUAGCACAAUUCCUAAUGGAAUAAUUCGUAACGUCAAAAUUGAAUUCAUCUUCUCCUUCUUCUUGUGCCACUCCUAUCGGAGAUUGGAAAUCAUCAAGGCUAUCCUGACCUUGUUUACAGCUGACCUAAAGAGUUCAUUAGCGGUGCAGCCAAACCAUUCUCUCUAAUUCAGCAACCAUGACAUUCUUCUACGACCUGGAUUCCAUUUUCCUUCUAUUUUUCCUUGCAUUAUAUUUUGAAGUAAUGCGUAUUUAUGUCCUCUCAUCAGGUGACCCAAAUAUUCGAGUUUUCUUUGUUUUAUUGUUAACAAAAUUUCUGGGUCUUUUCCUAUCCUUCGUAUUAUUUCAAGGUUUGUGACUCUUUCAACCCAACUUAUCUUCAGCAUUCGACGGUAGCACUACAUCUCGAAACUUUCAAUAUUUCUUAUGUUGUUCUGUUUCAGAGUUCAGGCCUGAAUUCAUCAUCCAGUUUCAAAAGUUGCUAAACAUAGGCCCCCUCCCUUUGUUUCCAACAUUGUCUAUCCUGCGCCGCUCUCAUCCAGUUUUUAUUUAUCCUUCUUAAAUCGUCGGUCCAUCUUGUUUCUUGUAGGCGGUCGAUCGAAGUUUCUUUUGUCUUCUCUUAGUCCCUUCUGUCUAUAUGUCCUGCCCAUUUCCAUUUUAGUCUGGCUAUCCUUUCGAUGACGUCAGUUACCUUUGUUCUUCUCCUGAUCUCUUCGUUCUUUAUUUUGUCUCGCAGAGUUGUUCCCAGCAUGGACCGCUCCAUUCUUCUCUGUGUCACUCUUAGUUUCGUGGCUGAGGCUUUAGUUAAGGUAAGUGUUUCUGCUCCAUAUGUCAAGAAUGGAAGGACGCACUGAUCAAAAACCUUUGUCUUUAGGCAUGUGGGCAACUCACUUUUAAAAGUUUCUCUCAGCCUUUCAUAUGCUUCAAAAUUGAAUUAUUCUGUUCAUUAUUGUUUAUGCGGAAACCAACUUUUAUUAGUUACAAUUUAUUGAAGUUACGUUUAUAAAUUUAACGAACCAGGACCUCGAUUUUUGACCCGUUCUUCGUUAUCGAACGUAUUCGCUUCGUAUCCUGUUUAGUGUACAGAUAGCGAAUGAUCGAUAACGAAGCGAAGGGUCAAAAUUCGAGGUCCAGUAUUAGUGCUGUCGCCCGGGUGGGUACAACGGCUUCCUUUAUUCAGAUGGACUUAGCCAAGUGUUCUUUAUGUAUUUUGACCCGUAGAACACGAAUUUUUUGGGUAACAGUUGAUCCGGAUGUCGAUAAGAUUGUUAUGCACAAAGAACUUGAGGAAUUACAUAACAGCGAUUUUUCGCAAAACAAAACUUUUUUUGUAUUAUUUUGGUCAUUCUAAUCAAAAAAUGUUUUUAUAACUUUUUUCGUAGGAUGAAUAGUUUUCGAGGUAAACGCGGUUAAACUUUCAAAAAAUCGAAAAAUUGCAAUUUUUGAACCCGAAUAACUUUUGAUUAAAAAAUAAAAUAGCAAUUCUGCUUACAGAAUUUGAAAGUUCAAGCCAAAUUAUAUCGGUUUUGAUUAUUUGCAUUGCUAAAAAUUAAUUUUUUUAUUGUGAUUCAAAGUUAUAAACAAAUGGUGUUUGAGCGUUUUGACCCGUGCCCAAUGCAUGCGUUUUAAUGCAUGCUACGUAGAAAUUGCCUGUUUGUAAACGCGCCUACUCGUUCGAUUUUAAAUGAGAGAUGCAUUGAAAACAUUACUCAAGCACUAUGUGUUUAUAGCUUUGUUUAACAAUAAAAAAUAAUAAUGUUUAGCAAUGCAAAUAAUCAAAACCGGUAUAAUUUGACUUGAACUUUCAAAUGCUGUAAGCAGAAUUGCUAUUUUAUUUUUUAGUCAAAAGCUAUACGGGUUCAAAAAUUGCAAUUUGAAAAAACUUGUAGACAUUUUUUGCUUAGAAUGACCCAAAAAAUACAGAAAAUGUUUUGUUUUGCGAAAAAUCGCUGUUAUGUAAUUCCUCAAGGUCUUUGUUUAUAACAAUCUAAUCGACAUCCGGAUCAACUGUUACCCAAAAAAUUCGUGUUCUACGGGUCAAAAUACAUAAAAAACUUGGGUAAGUCCAUCUAAAUAAAGGAGGCCGUUGUACCCCCAAUGGUGACAGGACUAUAUCAGGUUAAACAUUUUUGACACAUUUCGUGGAAUUUUCAAAAUUGUGUCUUAAAAUAAAUUUAAUUUACCUUUAACUCGUACUGUUUAACUGCAUUAAAAUGAUAAUUCAGGAUACAAAGUUUUAAAAAAUAUUUUUCAGUUUUCAUAUUUACAAAAAUAUAAUAGGUGAAAUAUAUUUAAAAAAAGUGGUCUUAAAAAAGUUCUAUUAAGUACAUACUUUUAUAUUAAUACAGUAAUUUAUGCAAAAUACAUUUAUUGUACACAUUCCAAAAACUAAAUGUUGGCGUUACGAAUUAUACCGUUACGAAUAGUUGUAGUUACGAACUGUUGCCAUUACGAAGUGUCGUCGUUACGAAUUGACGGCGUUACGGAUUGCUGGUGACCAUUUGUGGGGUAAAUGCGCAUUAAGAUAUAUUUUUUUCAAAUAGAUUAUAACAACUAACAAUUUCUUAUUUCUUUAUUUCGUGUAGUAAAGACACAUUUUAAAGCUAUGGUAUAUGUGCAAAGACUAGCCGAACGCCAAACCAUGUUAUACUAUUGUAUUUAAAAAUAAAACUACCUGUAGUAGUACAUUACAUUUUUUAACAUUACAUAUUGAUAACUAGUUUUAGCGUAAUGUUUGUUAAGAUAAAUAUUUUUAGUUGUGAAUAUUUAAAUACACAUUUAAGGGCGCAGCUCUGUGAUUCCAAAUGCCGAAAAAGUAAUCAUGACCCUUUAAAAGCGUAUAUUGUUCAUAAACUUUGGAAUUAGUUUCAUACUUAAGGGUUUCUGGCAUCGCUGGUUACAUUUUUUUUAAACAAAAUGGCGGAUCCCAUAUGGCAGACAGAAAUUGAAAAUAUCAAUCAAAACUUAUUUUCAAAUUUGCUAAUUUAAGGUGGCUGAUUACAAAUCUGACAUUAUUUUUUGAAAAACAAAAUGGCGGAUCAAAUAGGCGGAAAGAAAUUCGAAAAUUUUAUUUGAAACGCAUAUUUUUUUGAAAUUUUAUAUUUUAAGGGACUUUUGAAAUUGCUGAUUACAUUACCAAUACAACUUUUUUUUAAGUAGGUACAAUAUUCAGACGCUAUUACUUAUGUACAACCGCCAAUACAUACUCAACAACCGCCAGAAUCAUCUUAUAGGUAUGCGUCAUUUCACAUUUUUGUAUUCAAACCACUGCACUGCCAGCAAUUCAUAGGGAUUUAAAGGCAGCUAAACGAAUGUGAUUCUGUAUUCUGUAUCUUCUUCUAUCUGAAGUUUUUGAAUAUAUGUUUAAAAAAUUUUGAAUAUUUCAGGUAUAUUUGUACUGUUUGUUCAUUAACAAAUUUUAUGCAUUUGUUGUUAUCAAAUCUUAAAUCAACUUAUAUCUUACAUUAAGACGUACUCAAAAAAGAAGAAUCUACAUUACAGUGAUAAAAUUGGUAAACUACAAAACGUUUUACAGCGUUUUCAAUAUGCGCGUUCUUUUUCACUUUCACUGCCGGCCAAAAUAUCGUCGUACAUGGCUCACUGGUCCCUGAGCAAUCAAUAAGAAUCCAUCCUGUCUGAUCCUAAAGCUCGAAACACACACUGAGAAUUUUGACAUUGCGAUGGUUGAAAUGCACAUAGUGGCUCGAGCAAUCAUAUGAAAUCUUUCUCCCUUUACCGCUUGAAACGUCCGGUGAAGGGAGAAAGAUUCCAUAUGAUUGCUCGAGCCACUAUGUACAUUUCAACCAUCGCACGGUCAAAAUUCUUAAUGUGUGAAACAAGCUAUACCUGCGUAUUACGAUUCUAUGAUAGUAUGAGAAAACAACACUGUAAACAUGAAAAUCCCUAUUUCUUUUGCUUCAUGACCACGUUUUCAGCAUUUGGAACCACUGUGCGUAGGCGCAAAAUUUCGGCUCCAAUGCCUUUUAAAUGCAUUCAUUUUUGUCGAAUCCUGAGAAAACUAAUAAAUAUUUUUAAAAAAUUUAAGCGCUGAAUGAAAGAUUACAUUAUUACCGAUGGCCGAAAGUCCCUUCGAAUAAACAAAAAGUAUUUUUUGAAUAAGAUAUUUAAAAUUAAAAAUCACACUAAAUUUUCUCUUUUUUCUCCCCUGUAACUUAUUAACAUGGACUAUUAUUAUAGGGACUUAUUAUUAUAGAAGUUCUCAGGGACUUUCAGCCCUCAGCAAUAAUGUAAUCUUUCAUUAUGCGUUUAUAUUUUUCAAAAAUACUUCUUAAUUUUCUCAGCAUUCUAAAAAGAAAAUGAAUGCAUUUAAAAGCAUUGGAGCCGAAAUUUUGCGCCUACCACCUUAAGACUUUGUUCAUUUUUUACGUCAGACUUCAUAUUUUAGUUUUAGAUAUCUUUGUGUAAAAGUAAGCAAUUAUGAAGCUAAGGCAAACUAUUUUGUAAGUUUUAUAAUUAAUUUGAUUAUCUACAAUAUCUAAAUAAUGUAAAGCUUUGUUUAAUAUUCUAAAAAUCUUAGAUAUUUAUGCAAUAUAUAAUAAAUAUUAUACAUAGGUACAUCUAUUUGUAUCUGUUACGAACAAUAUUUUAGAAUUUAUUAUAGCCUUAACUAAUAUUUGUAAAAUAUAUAGCAAAAUGUGUUAAAAUUGUUGUAAUUUGAAUAUAUAGGGUGUCCCAAAAGUAGUGGAACGGUCGAAUAUUUCGCGAACUAAACAUCGGAUCGAAAAACUGAAAAAUACGUGUUCAAUCAUUUUCAAAAAUCUAUCCAAUGAC